AUGUUCCCAAAUAAACUCAGCUCCCUCCUUUUUCUCCCCAAAUCACUUUCAUACUCUCACUCACCUCUCUCCUCUCUCCCACCCCGCCCUUCCCUCUUGCAAACCAAGCAAGCCCACGCUCGCAUCAUCGUCCACGGCCUUGCCUCCGAUGUCGUCCUCCUUGGUCACCUUCUCUCCUUUCUUGCUCUUGCCCCAUCGUCCUCAUUGGAGUAUUCCCUCUCCGUUUAUCGGACACUCAGUUACCCAAGCGUUUUCGCCUCUAACAACAUGAUCCGGUGCUUCGCCAAGAGCGACUCGCCUCGUGGAUCAGUUGUGCUAUACUCGUCUAUGCGGCAAGGAAAUGUGGCACUACCCAAUUCCCAUACUUUUACGUUUGUUCUGCAAGCUUGUAGCAAGGCUUUGGCUAUACAUGAAGGGACUCAAGUUCACAGCCAUGUGGUGAAAUUGGGUUUUGGUGUGGAUGUUUUUAUUUCGAAUGCGUUGAUUCACUUGUAUUCUGCUUGCUGUCGAAUGGAAUGUUCGAAACGGGUAUUCCAGGAGAAUAUCCAUCAUCGAGAUGUAGUCUCUUGGAAUUCAAUACUGGCCGGGUUGGUAAGAGAUGGGCAGAUUGGUGUUGCAGAGACAAUGUUUGGCAAAAUGCCGGAGAGAGAUGCUAUCUCUUGGAGUACGAUGAUUAUGGGUUAUGUGCAGAACGGACAGUUGGAAGAAGGGUUGGAGUGCUUUAAAGAGAUGAGAGAGAGGGGGUUGAAGCCGAAUGAGGCCAUAUUGGUCACGGUGCUUUCGGCAUCAGCCCAGAUGGGUCUGCUAGAACAUGGUAGAUUAGUUCAUUCCAUCAUAAAUUCGUUGAAUUUCCGGAUGACAACUUCGCUUGGUACAGCGCUAGUUGACAUGUAUGCAAAAUGCGGAUGCAUUGAACAGUCUAAACUCUUGUUCAACAGUAUGCACCAGCGAGAUAUUUCGUCAUGGAAUGUCAUGAUUUGUGGGCUGGCCUCACAUGGACUUGGAAAGGAAGCUCUUGCACAUUUUGAAACGUUCGUGAAGGAGGGCUUCCGUCCUGUGAAUGUGACUUUCAUUGGGGUCUUGAAUGCCUGUAGUAGAGCAGGUUUGGUCAGAGAGGGCAGACAUUAUUUUAAGUUAAUGACAGAAAAUUAUGACAUUGAGCCGGAGAUGGAGCACUAUGGGUGCAUGGUUGAUCUUUUGGGCCGUGCUGGAUUUAUCAAUGAAGCUGUUGACCUGAUUGAAAAGAUGCCAGCUCCACCAGAUCCAGUAUUGUGGGCAACAUUGCUUGGUGCUUGUAAGAUUCAUGGAUUAGUGGAACUGGGUGAAAUGAUUGGAAACAAGUUGAUACACUUGGACCCAAACCAUGAUGGGCAUUAUGUACAAUUAGCCAGCAUAUAUGCCAAAUCAAGGAAAUGGGAAGACGUGGUUCGAGUUCGGAGACUGAUGUUUAAGCAAAACACUAAUAAAAUUGCAGGUUGGAGCUUGAUAGAAGCAGAGGGGAGAGUUCAUCAAUUUGUUGCAGGGGAUAGAAAGCACGAGCGUUCUUCAGAGAUUUACAAAAUGCUUGAAACGAUUGGGAGACGAAUAUCAGAAGCUGGUUACACACCAAACAUUUCAUCCGUAUUGCAUGACAUAGGAGAAGAAGAAAAAGAGAACGUAAUUAAAGAGCAUAGCGAGAGGCUGGCAAUUGCUUAUGGUAUGUUAGUGACAGGGGUUGGGGAUUGCAUACGAAUAGUGAAGAAUUUGAGGGUUUGUGAGGAUUGUCAUGAGGUGAGCAAGAUGAUCUCCCAGGUGUUUGAGAGAGAGAUUGUUGUGAGAGAUGGGAGCAGAUUUCAUCAUUUUAAAGAGGGAAAAUGUUCUUGCCAUGAUUUUUGGUAAACCAUGCUUAACUAUAAAGUGUUGGAAGAUCUUUGUGAUUUUAA